UCGUGCUCUGCUCCUCCAAGCCUUCUCUCCUCUCAGGAUCAUGAAGGUCUCUGUGGCUGCCCUCUCCAUCCUCAUGGUCCUGGCCUUCAGCUCUCUGGCAUCCUCUGCACCAAUGGGCUCUAACCCUCCCACCUCCUGCUGCUUCUCCUAUGUCAGCCAACAAUUCCCCAGAAAAUUUGUGACAGACUAUUAUGAGACCAGCAGCCUGUGUUCCCAGCCAGCUGUGGUGUUCCUGACCAAGAGGGGUCGUCAGGUGUGUGCCAACCCCAGAGACGACUGGGUUCAGACUUAUGUGGAUGACCUGGAAAUGAACUGAGCUGAGGGGCUGAGGGCCUUUGGACAAUGCGUCCUAAAGGAAAAUAACCCAAAACAAUGAAACCAAACUCUGCGGUUGGAUGAGAUCUCUCACAACUGAAGCCUUCCUGCGAUUGACUUUCCCAUUAUAGUUCUUUUGUGCCAGUCAGGUUUAACUUACUAUGUAAAUUAUUUGGUGGCAGCUUUGGGUAUUUAUUUGUACUAUCUGUACUUCUGGAGGGCACCUGUCCCCCAUGGGGACCCCCAGUAGCAGCUGAAGUUCUGCUUUUUUGAGUGCUGGGGCUACCUGCUGGGUACC